AGCCCGUGGGUCCCCGCACUGCUUACUCCCGCGCCGGCCCCGCAGUCUCCUCCCGGUCCCACGCUGCGGCCCGCUGUGGACUUCUCGGGUGCAGACAUGGCUUCGGGCUCCGCCUGCACGGCGGUGAAGAUUGGAAUAAUUGGUGGAACAGGCUUGGAUGAUCCCGAAAUUUUAGAAGGAAGAACUGAGAAAUAUGUGGAUACUCCAUUCGGCAAGCCAUCUGACGCCUUAAUUUUGGGGAAGAUAAAGAACGUUGAUUGUGUACUUCUUGCAAGACACGGCAGACAACACACCAUCAUGCCUUCAAAAGUUAACUACCAGGCAAACAUCUGGGCCUUGAAGGAAGAGGGCUGUACACAUGUCAUCGUGACCACAGCUUGCGGGUCCUUGAGAGAGGAGAUCCAGCCUGGUGACAUGGUCAUCAUUGACCAAUUCAUUGACAGGACAUCCCUAAGGCCUCAGACCUUCUAUGAUGGGAGUCAUUGCAGUGCCAGAGGAGUGUGCCACAUCCCCAUGGCUGAACCGUUUUGCCCCAAAACAAGAGAGGUCCUCAUAGAAACUGCUAAGAAGCUAGGACUUCGGUGCCAUUCAAAGGGGACAAUAGUCACGAUUGAGGGGCCUCGUUUCAGCUCCCGGGCAGAAAGCCUUAUAUUCCGUACUUGGGGCGCAGAUGUUGUCAACAUGACUACUGUUCCAGAGGUGGUGCUUGCUAAGGAAGCUGGGAUUUGUUAUGCAAGCAUUGCCAUGGCAACCGACUAUGAUUGUUGGAAGGAGCAUGAAGAAGCAGUGUCAGUGGAUGGGGUUUUAAAGACCAUGAAAGAAAAUGCCAAUAAAGCCAAAAGUUUACUCCUCACUACUAUACCUCAGAUAGGGUCGAUGGAAUGGUCAGAAACGCUCCGGAACCUAAAGAACAUGGCUCAGUUUUCCGUUUUACCACCAAGACAUUAAAACAGCAUAGCUGACACAAGAAGACGUUCUACUUCUAGUCUUUGGGAGAUUUUGCUUAAACAAAAAUGGGAAAGAUCCGCAGCCUUCAUGCCUUUGCCUAGAAAGAAAGACACUGUUAGUGACUCAACCAAGAUCCCAACUCAUCUGGGACCCAGAAGGAAAGCAGACAGCCUGCCAAACAAAACCGGAAAGCACAUCUGUCUCACUUUCCCUAUUAAACUGACAGCAAGGCUCACUAGCGACAACAUCCACUACCCUACAGCGCUAAGGAACCAAUAUGAGCUCGAGAUGGGACUGCGUGAUUGUAAACUGGCGCCAUGUUUCCGACACCUGGUAUUCUAAGAGUCUCUCUUGAAGAAGUUAUGAGAUAUUCCUUCAAAGAGUCAUGUGUAAAAGAAGAAUAUUACCUGUCAUAGUAAAAUAAUCAAAACUAUCUGAAUAUAAAAAAAAAAAUUAGGUGUGCCGUGUUUCCGUUAUAAUUAGGUUAUGGAGCAAUCAAGUGGAAAUCAUGUUUCCUCACAAAGAAAUGAUUAAUCUUUUCCUCUACUUUUAAGUAUAAUCAAAUAAUAAAGCUGUAAAAAUUAAAAUGGACUUAGAGGACUUUGAAAUUUGGUGGUGAUGUGAAGACAACAACAAUAUUAUAAAUGUGCUGUGUAUGUGAUUCAAGAUAUAUAAGCCAAAUCACCCCCUUUCCCAAAUAAAGAAAUAAAGGAAAGUGCUGUGUGAGGAGCUUACUAAAUGUUUGCUAAGAAAUAUCCUGGGUCACCACACAGCUAAGAUGAUGUAACUGAGAAAACCAAGGCCAGUGUUUAAUGCAAGCCAGUGUGACUCAUCACAGUGUAUCGAGAGUUGACACAUAAUCAGUUGGCAAUGUUUUCUUUUGUUUAAAAGAAGAAAG